CUGGUCGGGGCCACUGGGUGGACGUCUGAAACGUUCCCGUCCGCACCGAGUCGUCCCGUUUGUUGUCCGCCGGGUGGAGUUAGCGCUGCCAUGGACGAAGACGAGUAAUGGUCAGCGAAACCUUUGCACCGGUUUGCACGGCGAAGGUCCGUGUGACACUCGGCAGCCGGACCCUUGGGUCGUUCCCGGCGGAAGGAGGCGCCCGCUGAGCGCCCAGCUGGUCUGGUCCCCCCCCCCCCUUGAAGCCUCGACACGCCUCGGUGCAGCUGUAGGCUUUUCUCACGCGAAGGAUACCUGGCACGGGUCGAGGGUCCCGUUUUGCUAAAAAAAAAAAAAAACCCAAAUUUUGUGGAAAAAGUGGUUUUCUUUUCGUUUCGGAAUUUGAAGCGUCGGCCAACUAAAUAAUGCUGCUAGAUGUGGGGAAACAAUGCAAUGCCCUGAUAUUGCCCGAGAGGGCAACAAGAUUCCCACCAGUAUAGAGAUGGACCCCCAUGUCAGUGGGAGAAGUCGCCUGGUGAACCAGACAGCUUAAUGAGGGCCUUGUUCUGACAGAAGAGACUUGGGGCCACUUGGGGCCAAGACUUGAGGUACUGUCCCUUUGCUGCUGCUGCUGUUGACCAGCCGUUAGUUUUAAAAAUUGUGGAGGAAAAAAAAUAUAUCCAAUCUGUUGGUCUUCAAGAUGGGUUUGUUCUUCGACCCUUUCGACAACCUGCUGUGCAUUCUCCUGGGCAUCUCCUUCACGGUUUGGUUCACGCUACUGCUAGUCUUCAUCAUUGUGCCUGCCAUCUUCGGUGUGUCCUUCGGCAUCCGACGACUCUACAUGAAAACAUUGUUAAAAAUCUUUGAGUGGGCCACACUAAGGAUAGAGAGAGGAGCUAAAGAGAAGAACCAUCCUCUGUACAAGCCCUACUCCAAUGCCAUCAUUGCCAGGGAGCCCACCUCCUUAGAGGAGGAAAUCAAGGAGAUCCGGCGCAGCGGCAGCAACCGAGACCUGGACUCGGCCUCUGAGUUCGAGAUGUCUGAUAUUUUCUACUUCGCCCGGCGUGGAGUGGAGAGCAUCAUGGACGACGAGGUGACCAAGCGCUUCUCUGCCGAGGAACUGGAGUCCUGGAACCUGUUGACCCGCAGCAACUACAAUUUCCAUUACAUCAGCUUGAGACUGACUGUCCUUUGGGGGCUGGGAGUGCUUAUCCGCUACGGCUUUCUGCUGCCUCUCAGGGUAACUCUUGCCUUCACUGGGGUAGGCCUCCUCGUCUUCCUCACCUCUAUUAUCGGGCUGCUGCCGAACGGCAGGAUGAAGAACUUCCUGAGCGAGCAAGUUCACCUGAUGUGUUACAGGAUAUGCGUCCGUGCCCUCACUGCCAUCAUCACCUACCAUGACAGUGAGAAUAAACCCAAGAAUGGAGGGAUCUGUGUUGCAAAUCAUACGUCACCCAUCGACGUCAUCAUCCUGGCCAGUGACGGGUGCUAUGCGAUGGUUGGCCAAAUCCACGGGGGUUUGAUGGGGGUCAUUCAGAGGGCCAUGGUCAAGGCCUGCCCACAUAUUUGGUUUGAGCGCUCAGAAGUCAAAGACCGACAUCUAGUGGCCAAAAGAUUGAGUGACCAUGCAGAAGACAAAUCAAAACUGCCCAUUCUCAUUUUCCCAGAAGGUACCUGCAUCAAUAAUACCUCAGUUAUGAUGUUCAAGAAGGGCAGCUUCGAGAUCGGCUCCAAAGUGUACCCUGUAGCUAUUAAGUAUGACCCACGGUUUGGAGAUGCCUUCUGGAACAGCAGCAAAUUUGGAAUGGUCAACUACCUGUUACGUAUGAUGAGCAGCUGGGCUAUAGUCUGCAGUGUGUGGUACCUUCCUCCCAUGUGCAAAGAGGAGGGGGAGGAUGCUGUACAGUUUGCCAACCGUGUAAAGGCAGCCAUUGCCAGGCAAGGAGGACUGGUUGACCUGCUGUGGGAUGGAGGUUUGAAACGCGGCAAGGUAAAGGAUACCUUUAAAGAAGAACAGCAGAAGCUGUACAGCAAAAUGCUGGUGGGAACCCAAGAGGACCGCAGUCGCUCCUGAAGAAGUUGAAUGGAGACUUGACUGAUGCGGUUGAACGUCUUGGGGGGACCACUGAAAUGACAGCACUGCUCCCUCACCUAGUGGAGUUCCUUGGCAGGAAAACUCCUUUUCUGAUGUCAAUGAUACCCAUUUGGCUUCCUCAGUCACUGCCUAAGCCUGGCAUGUCCAGUUCUCAUCGCUGUUACAGACUGUCGUGAGUCUCCUGUCCUUGGUUGGAAUGGUUUGACAGAGGCCUGGCUUGUUACUUAGACUGACAGGCAUAAAUGGGCAUAAAGUUGUUGGCAGUCUUUUAAUUAAGGGAAAAAAUGUAUCAGUCCUUUGUCAUUAAGUUCCUGUGUUUGUUUGGUAGUUUAACCUUUUGAGUUCAGUUUAACUGUAAUGUCUGUAUUGUAUUUCUUAAAAGUUAAACAUAUUUUGACCUGGGAGGUAGGCCAGAGCUAUUGUAGAUACAACUAGUUUGUUCGGAAGACAAACCUUGUUGACAGAGUUGGGAGUCGCACGACUGGCUUGCACCCAACACGACUUAGGGCACAGUGCCGCAAUCUGUUACAUUUCAACUUAUGGAUAUUUUUUUUUUGGGUCUCUUUUUCCAAAGGAAAAAAAAAAUCCCUACAUUUUAAGCUUUGCGUUUUACAAUAAGAGUUAUAUCUGCACAUGUCGUUGGUAUAGAAGUUACUCUACAGAUGACCUGUUGUCUUUAUUUCUAUGCUAUUUUCCAUUGAAUGUGUAAUAUCACGUCAUGAAGUGGAAAAUAAGCCUGUCUACAGUCACCGCGACGGGGGUUGUGGAAAUGUAGUUGUUAAUCUUGUCCUUGCUUAUAUGCAACACAACCUCAAUUUACCAUCCCAUCCUUGUCGAGCACUAAUUUAGGAGGAUCUCUAAGCGUUUAACCCUUCAACACUAGGGCACACAUUUAGACGAGUAGGGUCAUUUUCAUCACAUUUGGACUCCACGCGAAGACAUUUCCAAACUGCUAAUAACUCAUCCUCUCACAAACAUCAUGGAAAUGCUUCCUAGAAGGCUGAUAAUCAUGUUUUCAUCAGAUACGUCCUCAAUGCAGGGACAUUCUUGCCAAAUUUGCUCAAAGUGACCUCUAAGUUAUCUACCCCCCCCCCCCCCCAAUCAUUAUCUUCCUCCCACUGGUCAGCUUCCUCAAGGAGGCACCAAGGAGAAACAGAAUGCAGCUGUAGUUUUGGCAGACAGCCUUUUUGCUCCUCCCGAAUUUAGGGGUUGUCAUCCCUCUGGACUUUGCUUUAUCAGGGAUAUUCCUUUAGGUCAAGUGUCAUUUCUGUUCACAAAAAUAAAAGUUCCAAGUAUGUGACCUGAUCCAUGACGGAUGUUUUUUUGUUUUUUUUCCCAGUAUUGUUCCGUCGAGUUUGUGGUAAGGCCACCACACACCCGCGCAAGCUAACGU